AUGCUUCGUCUCUGUUGCAGAACCACCCGUCGUUGUUUCCACUUCUCUCUCCUCCGCCGUUCAUUCUCAUCUUCACCGUCUUCUUCUUUAACAAAGCGCAACCCGGAAGACUCCGUUGAUUACCCAAACAAUUUCAAGAAUUCCCAACGUGUCCCUCCACCGCCAAUCCUCCACCACAACCCAACCCUUCUCUCUCCUCCUCCCUCCUCUCUCUCUUGCAAGUCCCUUGUCGCUAUAUCCGCAACCCUAGUUUCCGCCAUUAUAGCCUCAUAUGCAUUGAUUUUACAAAACGACGACGUAAAACCAAGGCAACACAGGUCGAAUAAUCCAAUCUACAAUGAAAUUGAGCACGCAAUUGAUUAUUCUAAUGAGUCGUUCAAGAGAAUUGUGCACCGGUUCAAGCAGACCGGUGUGGCGGCUUCGGUAUUGUGGAAGUCGUUGAGGUCGGUUUUGUCUUCCGCAAACCAUGAGGUUCGGGUGGGGUUUGAGCUUAGGGUUGCGUCGUUUUUAGCCGACAUUGUGGCGGCGAAUGAGAUUAGGAGGGCGUCUAUUGUUGGAGCUGGUGGCGGUGCGGUGGUGGAUUGGCUUCUGGAGACGGUGGCGGUUUCCGGGGAUAAUAUUGGGACCCAGGUGGAAUCAGCCAGGGCUUUGGCGUACUUGGUUGCUGAUCCGAACGUGUCUGAGAAGGUCCUUGGGAGGCCUCACGCCGUUCCCAAUCUUCUAAGGUUCAUUUUCUCUGCGCAGCCUCAGAAAUCGAAAAAACAAACAAGACAUAGUUCAUUCGAUAUUUCUGAUUCUUUGAAAGGUAGGAGCAUGCUUGUUGCAGCUAUUAUGGAUGUUGUCACUUCCAACUGUGACACCGUAAACAAGGUAUCAUUUAAGCCCUCGCUGCCCAGAAAUGCUGAAAUGAGGGAUAUUGCGGCAGCUAUUGAAGUCAUUGAGGAAGGUGCCAUCCAUUUGGAUGAGACACAAGGGAGUGAAGAGGAUAAAGAUGGUGGAGAAGGAAUGAGGGGCAUUGGAAUCAAAGUUCUUGGAGGUACAACAGUUUUGGGCCUUUCGAGAACUGAUGCACUUGUGGAGAUGGAGCACUCUGAUGGCAGUCACCUAACCUCAGUUAAAUAUACACCUAAAAAUCUUUUGUUUAAGAAAUUCAAUGACAGUUUUUCAGGACAAGAAAAUUUGUCAUCUGCUGUUGUUCCUGGCCUCUGGGAUGAUUUGCAUUGUCAACAUGUUGCUGUGCCAUUUGCUGCAUGGGCGUUAGCAAACUGGGCAAUGGCAUCAGAGGUAAAUAGAUCUCAUAUUCAGGAACUGGAUCGAGAUGGACAUGCUGUCAUGACGGCUUUAACAGCACCAGAGAGAUCUGUGAAAUGGCAUGGAAGUUUGGUGGCUCGUUUGCUGUUAGAGGACCAUAAUCUGCCCUUGAAUGAUUCUGUUUCUGAGUGGAGCUCUAGUCUUCUUUCUACUGUUUCUCAAGCAAGUAAAACUGAAGACAUAUCUUUGGCUCAAAUGGCUUUGUCUGCAUUUUUGGUCUCUAUUGAGAGAAGCCCUGGGGCACAGGAAGUAGUAAUGGAGAAGGGUCUUCCUCUGAUGAGAGAAACUGCUAAACAAACAACAAAGCAUAAGCCUGUACAGGAGGCAUUGGCAAAGGCUUUGGAAUCACUUUGUGCAAGGAACUUGCAUUUGUCUCUUGAAGAAAGUCAAAAGUGGUCAGGCAUUCUGCUUCCUUGGGUUUUCCAAAAACCGUCGUCUGACAUAUUGCUAUCUUCAGCAACAAAUAUUCUUUCACAUAUUCUUGAAGAUUACGGGCCAUCUGCUCUACCAAUUUCUCAAGGAUGGUUGGCUAUUAUGCUAACGGACAUUCUUGGUGCCAGGAAAACUGCAUCAACCAAAGGAAGCUCUCAGCCUAAGAGUGACAAAGUGAAGACUCAAAUUGAUCAGUCGAACAUAAUUUCCGCUACACAGAUUGCUAAUCAGUUGGCAGGUGCUGUUGUUAAUUUAGCAGGAACCCAGAUGGGAACAGCCACUGAUAAUGAUGAGACAUUCCCACUUGCAGAUCUUCUUUCUCUUGAACCUUUUGCAGGACCACUUAAAAAUCUGAAGAAAGAUAGUCUUCCUAAAUUUGAUGCUGCAGAUUCCGCAUUGGCCACUCUGAAGGGUAUUAAAGCACUGACAGAACUCUGUGCUGAAGAUUUUCUUUGCCAAAACAGGAUUGCUGAUUUUGGGGUCCUGUGCUUGCUAAAACGCUUUUUGUUGGGAGAUGAUUAUGAACAACUAGCUGCAAUCGAAGCAUAUGAUGCAUCACGAGACCUGGAAGCACAGGAUCGAGGUUCAGCUGUGCCCAGAGAAUCUUCUGUUGCUGAGUCUAAUGAUUCUUCUAGAGUCAGGGUUCCACCUACGGCUCACAUUCGAAGGCAUGCAGCUCGGCUGCUAACUAUUCUUUCUGUGCUUCCAAAAGUUCAGAAAGUGAUCGUAACAGAUGAAGUUUGGUUUAAUUGGCUUGAGGAAUGCGCCAAGGGGAGAAUUCCAGGUUGCAACGACCUUAAAAUUCAAAGUUAUGCGAAAGCAACACUGUUAAAUAUAUUUUGUAGUGACCAAAAUGGCAGAAAUCCUGCUAAUGAUAAUGUUCUGGACAGCAGCAUUAUGAACACAAAUCAUACCUGCCCUCAUUAUGCUGACAUGAUAUUUUUAAUUAAUCCUGAAUUGCCGCACUGGAAGUGUCCAGGAAAAAAAGAUCUAGACAUCACUAGUAAGAGACCCACAGAGAAGUCAGACGAUGCUAGUAAUUCUGUGCCAGGUAAUGAUGAUUAUUCCGUUGCGACUGAGGACGGACCGUUAACCCGAGCUGCCCAUGAUGAUAGCUCAUCUACUUCUACUAGCGGAUCUGAAAGCUGCUCACAAUCAGAGUUCCCUCCACUGGAUGUUGUCUUUGUUCAUGGCCUGCGUGGUGGGCCUUUUAAGACUUGGCGCUUAUCUGAAGACAAGUCAUCAACCAAGUCUGGUCUUGUAGAGAAGAUUGAUGAAGAGGCAGGGAAGCAAGGAACAUUCUGGCCAGGAGAAUGGCUUCCAGCUGACUUCCCUCAUGCUCGCUUGUUUAGUAUCAAAUACAAGACGAAUCUUACACAGUGGUCUGGAGCAAGCUUGCCUCUUCAGGUUGGCCUUUCUUAUUUGACUACUUAUCAGUGUUAGAACAGAUGUUGCUUGGAUCCUAAGGCAUGCUUCAUCCCUUGCAUGCUGACCGUUAAAGUAGAAUGUUUGAAAAUAUUUUGGGAACUGCCUAAUAUUAUGGUUAAUAACAAUCUAGUUUUGAUUUGGGUCAAGGGGUGACAGUAAGAUGGUUCUUUCGGUUCUUUCUUAACCAGACCUCAUGGUUUGAAUAUAUGAUCAAGUCAAUCUUUUGACACUUCAGUCUCAGCUUUGUCAUUUGACUAGUUUGGUUGCUUUGAUCUGCCGAAGUUGGAGUCUAUUAU